UAUAUAAACUCCCCACCAUCGUCUACAGGUAGGCCAGAACUCGACAAGCCAAGUAGACGCCAUGAACCCACUGUAUCUUCUGCCCCUGCUGGUAGCCGGCUGUGUCGCCGCUCCUUCGGGAUCCGUGGCCAUCCACGCCGCCGCCCUGCCCUACGCUGGCGUUGCCACCGUAGGACACCAGGUGACGGCGCACGUCCCAACCGGAGUCGAGCUGAAGACAGUGGGUGAGGCGGUGCCCUUGGCCACACCUGUCGUGGCAGCCGCAGUCCCGGGAUACUCUGUUGACGGCGAGAUUCGUCAGGUGACUCAGACUUUCCCUGAGCCUGAACCAGUGACUGUCGACGUCAAGAGUUUGCCCGUGCUUUCUGCCCCAGCUGUUCCCCAUGUGGCCAUCGCUCCUGUAGCCGUCGCCCCUAAGGUAGCAGUCAAGUCCGUCGCUGUGGCUCCUGUGGCUCCCAUCGUGGCUCCCGCCGUAGCCCCCGCCGCCGUGGCCUACUCCAACGUGAACCUGAACGUGCCCGCGCCCGUGCCCGCCGGCGAGGCCCCCGCCCCCGAACUGCUGGUCCAGCGCACGCCCGUCAAGGCGCUCGGCCGCCCCGUCAUCUCCUACACUCCUCAGGUCACCGAGGUUCGCCCCGAGCUCAAGAUCAUCGAGAGGACCUACGACGUGGCCGUGCCCAAGCCCGUCUACGAGACCAAGGAGGUCACCCCCAUCCAGCACAAGUACGUGCCUGAGCCCUACGCCGUGCCCCAGCCCGUCGCCGUGCCCCAGCCCUACGCCGUGCCACAGCCCUACCCCCGUGCCGUGCCCGUGCACGAGCAGGUCCACGUACAGCACCACGUUGCCGCCGCCCCGCCGCGUCACCUACGGCGCUGCCCACACGGAGCUCGUCGCGCUGCCCACUUACCUACGGAGCUGCCCACGGAGCUGUCGUCGUCGCUGCCCCGCUCACCUACGGAGCUGCCCACGGUGCCGUCUAUGCUGUCGAAGACUGAGUCUCCAACGGGAGGCGAUGUUAGCUCCUCCGGGAGAUUGACUCGCAUUCUCGCUGAUAGCCGAGGACGAGGAUUCACAGAGAUAAAGAAAAAAAUUAUACCCACACAUCGAGAGAAUCUGCUCCACGGUAACAGCCACAAAAAGCUGAACGUCUCAGUAUACAGGGCGAGUUCCCUGCAGCCUCCAAGGAGUUUACCGCGAGUGGGAGGAGGCAAAGUGAGAGCGCAGAGGGCGUCAGAGGUUAAAGUCACGAUCGCUGCUUGCCGAAGUCGAGGUUCCUUUAGUGUCACACGUGUAGGUGCACAAAACAGUAACAACCACAAUCCGUCCCUACUGCCAACUAACAGCUUGCGGUCCUACGUAAUUACAAGCCUUGGGCGUGGCCGUAAGGAUUCCCUAGAGCUCCUGCUGGGGAUAUCAACGCGUCGAACGGACAACGGAAACUUGACGUCCUCCAGGGAAGCGCAAAUGACUACAGAGUCCUUUGAAGUUUGA